AUGGCAGACAAACCAGAUGUGAGUGAGAUCGCUCAGUUUGACAAGACUAAACUGAAGAAGACUGAGACUGAGGAGAAGAACACUCUACCUACCAAAGAGGUCAUUGACCAGGAGAAGCAGGUGGAAUCCUAA